AAACCAGCAUGGUUUCGGUGGCAGCAUUGCCACAUUUGACCGCCGUCGAUCACGUUAAGAUGCAAGCGAGGGGUGCCAAAGCGACGAGAUCCUUCAGCGCGAUUGCGUACGAGUCCUUCUUCACGUCGCGGUCGCUUCGCCGACAACCGUCAGCUAUUCGAUCGCUGCAGCCGCUUGUGGCGCUUCCGGGUAUGAUUUCCCUUGGCGGGGGUAUGCCGAAUCCAACCACAUUUCCGUUUGAAUCCAUGUCGAUUAAACUCAAGUCUGGACAGACAAUGGACCUCCGUGGCCCGACGUUGCAGCAAGCUCUGCAAUACUCGCCCACUCCAGGUCUCCCCGAAUUGGUCCAGAUCAUUUCCACGCGAAUGGAAGAUGAACAUGAACCGCCUGCACUGUCGGAGCCGCGCAUGCUGUCGAUCACGACAGGCAGUCAAGAUGCACUGUACAAAGCAUUUGAGAUGCUUAUCGACGAAGACGACUCACUCUUGGUCGAAACCCCCACGUACUCGGGAACUCUUGCUCAUUUGCAUGCCGUGAAUUGUAACCUCGUGACGGUGCGCACGGACGGUCAAGGUUUGGUGCCCGAGCAUCUGGCGUCCAUAUUGGACAACUGGGACAGCAUCAAAAAGAAGCCUAAGGUGCUGUACACGAUCCCAACCGGUGGAAACCCCACGGGUGUGAGCAUGUCUUUCGAACGCAAGCAACAAGUGUAUGCCAUCGCGUCGAAACACAAUUUGAUUGUCCUCGAAGACGAUCCGUACUAUUACCUGACUUUGAAUGGUGCUCGCUCAAAGUCGCUUUUGCACUUGGACGUUGAUGGACGGGUGAUGCGAUUUGACUCGUAUUCCAAGAUUUUGUCCUCUGGAUUGCGCGUCGGGACAGUGUAUGGACCCAAAGUUUUGAUUGAGCGUUUGAAUUUGCACACCCAAUCUGCCAACCUUCAUAGCAGCGGGCUGUCCCAGGUAUACCAAUACUGACUAUGAUGUUAAGCUCCUCAAAUCUUUCCAGGCUGUGGUGUUGCAACUGUUCAAACAAUGGGGAGAAAAGGGAUGGAACGAACACGUGGAGGCGGUUUGCAUGUUUUACCGUGGUCAGCGCGACGCAUUUCUUCGCGCCCUGGACAAGAACCUUACUGGAUUGGCGACGUGGGAAGUCCCCGAUGCUGGAAUGUUCGUAUGGAUCAAACUGCUCGGUGUUGACGAUUCCAAGGCGCUGAUUGAGCAAAAGGCUGUUGCAAGCAAGGUUUUGUUGGUUCCUGGGCAAGUCUUCCUCCCUGAAAACGUCAAGACAUCGUACGUUCGUGCAGCAUACUCGACAGCCACCCCGGAGCAAAUGGACUUGGCGCUCAGCCGCUUGGCUGCACUCCUUCAAGACAAGUAAUUGGCAAUACUUACGGCCAAGACGCCUAACGUAAUCAUGCAAUUCAGCUAUGUGUGCCAACUUGGCAUAAAUGUUAACUUGGGCCAAUCAAAAGCUUUCAAAUCCUAUUGGUCCAA